AUGAAGAUCUCCACCGGAAAUGUGCCCGUCUACACAAUCAGCGGCAGCGAGGCCCGCCCGCUCCCAGAGUGGCUGAUCCGCAAGCGCAAGCGCAGUCUGAAGAACGACCCCGAAUUCGCCAACCGCGUCAACCUGCUGCAGGACUUUGAGUUUGAGGAGGCCAGCCAGUGCGUGCGCGUCAGCGACGAUGGCGAUUGGGUCAUGAGCACCGGCACAUACAAGCCCCAGAUCCACGUCCACUACCUUCCCCACCUGUCCUUGUCCUUUGCGCGCCAUACCAACACUCUUAACCAAACCUUCCACCUGCUCUCGUCCGACGCCACCAAGAGCGUCCAUCUCCAGCAAGACCGAUGCAUCGAGUUUCACACCGGCGGCGGCCUCCACUACGCAAGUCGCAUACCGCGCUAUGGCCGCGACCUCAUAUAUGACCGCCGCUCAGCCGAGUGUUUGGUGCCUUCCGUCGGUGUCAAUGCAGAGGGCAUGGGUGAAUGUUUCAGGCUGAACCUCGAGGUCGGCCGGUUUAUGCGCAGCUAUGAGGUCGAUGUGGGGGGCAGCGAUGACACAGGCGGUCUACAGGGCGGCAUUGAUGCCGGUACCGUCAACACUGGCGCCAUUGCAGAGCAGACGCACGGGCUGCUUGCAUUGGGAACGUCAAUAGGAACUGUCGAGUACUUUGAUUCGCGCUCACGCACCCGUGUCGGCAUACUAUCGUCGCCCCAGGAUGCCUGGGAGGGCCGGUCCGAGACGACUGCUCUCGCCUUCUCGCCGACUGGAUUGGAAAUGGCAGUCGGCGACUCCAAUGGCAUAACACAUCUCUACGACUUGCGAUCCCCGAAGCCGCUGCUGAAGAAAGACCAGGGAUACGGGUUCCCGAUCAAGAACAUCAUCUAUCUCGACGGCGCUCAGACCCCCGAACCAAAGAUUCUCACUGCAGACAAGCGAGUCAUUAAGAUUUGGGAUGCAAAGGACGGCACUCCAUGGACCUCUGUCCAGCCCUCGGUCGACUUGAACCAUGUUGAAUGGGUUCCCAAGACUGGCAUGCUACUAACGGCAAAUGAGGGAAGACAGCAGCAUUCAUUUUUUAUCCCACAACUGGGCUCAGCUCCCCGAUGGUGCCACUUCCUCGACAACAUUGUAGAAGAAAUGGCCGAGGACCCCAACGACCCCAACGCCUUUGGCAAGGGCUCAACCGGAGACGUGUAUGACAACUUCAAGUUCUUGACCAUGGACCAGCUCAAACAAUUGUCACUCGACCAUCUCGUCGGCACAACAAGUCUCCUCCGCCCGUACAUGCACGGUUUCUUCGUUGCCCAGAAGCUGUACGAAGAAGCGCGACUCAUUUCGAAUCCGGACCUCUGGCAAGAACAGCGGGCAAAGAGCAUCGCCGAAAAGAUCAACAAGGAGCGCGAAAGCCGAAUCCGCGGCAGCAAAAAGGUGGCCGUCAAGGUCAACCGGAAGCUCGCCGAGCGGAUGCUGGAGAAGCAAGAAGAGCAAGAACGCAGACGAGCCAAGCGCGUCCUCAAGCAAGGCGGCGACGACGACAUGCUGGACCGCUCCACUACCGCCGCUCCCGCCGUCGAAGAAACCACGCAGCCCGCCGGCGUGCUCAACGACCCGCGUUUCGCCAAGAUGUUCGAAGACCCGGAUUUCGAAAUCGACGAGCACACACGCGAGUACCAGCAACUCAACCCCAGCACAAAGAUACCCAAGGGCCUCACAGCCGCCGAACAAGAAGAACUGGAAUCCAGAAAGGGUUCCUCGGACGAAGACUCCUCUUCGGAUGGCGAUAACGCAGAAGAGCCAGACCAAAUCCGCCACCCGAACAAAACAGAUAAUACCCGCAUCUCAUCCGCCUCAUACAGGAAAUCCGGCCACCGUUCCCAGCGCAAUGGCCCAGACAUGCUCGUCUCCUCGUCGGCUCAACACCACCAGCAUCACCGCGCCUCGGCCUCCACAAAAGACAAAACUUUCGGCUCUCGCAUGUCCAAACUCAAAACUAAUAAACCUCAUUCCUCAUCCUCUUCUACACGCAAUACAACAACCGUUGUCGGCGAGCGCGAAAUCACAUUUGCCCCUGAGCACAAGCAGAAGAAGAAAUCUCAUUCCAAUAGUGCUGGUGCGGAUGGUGAGGAUAAUGGCCAGCGCCAUGAUAGGAGGAGCAAUGCUCAGAGGAGGAAUGCCAGUGGUAAUGUGUUUAGGAAUAUGUAAGAUAUGCAGUUGGAUGCGAAUGCUGAUGCGGAUGUGGGG